GCACCGCCUCCCGCGCAAUGUCGCUUCCCGCCGUCCGGCUGCUUUGGCUCGGGCGGGUGCACUACUCUGAGUUCCUGGAGCUGCAGGAGCAUUGGCUAAGGCGGCUACAGGCCGACCCUCGCCCCGGGACCUUGUCGGGGACCAAAGCGGGCGUGCUCUUGGUCUGCGAGCCAGCGGGGCCGGUGUACACGGGCGGGCUACGCGGCGGCCUGACACCCGAGGAGACUACGCGGCUGAGGGCCCUGGGAGCUGAGGUGCGCGCCACCGGCCGCGGCGGCCUGGCCACUUUCCACGGCCCGGGCCAGCUGCUCUGCCACCCGGUGCUUGACCUGCGGCUUCUAGGCCUGCGCCUGCGCACCCACGUGGCGGCGCUGGAGGCGUGCGCUGUGCGUCUGUGCGAGCUCCGGGGCCUGCGGGGCGCCCGCGCGCGGCCGCCGCCCUACACUGGUGUCUGGCUAGGCGAGCGCAAGAUCUGCGCUAUCGGAGUCCGCUGUGGAAGACACAUCACAUCCCACGGCCUGGCUCUGAAUUGUUCUACCGACCUCACGUGGUUUGAGCACAUCGUGCCUUGUGGACUGGUUGGGACUGGAGUCACUUCACUGAGUGAGGCACUUCAGAGACUCGUCACUGUGGAUGAAGUAAUGCCAUCUUUCCUUGUGGCCUUCAAGGAGACUUUCAAGUGCACGUUAAUCUCAGAGGACAGCCCCAGCUGAAGGACAUUCAUUCACCUUAGCCUGGGAUGACGGUUCUGCAAUGGAAAGCUUCUAGUCCAAGUCCCUAGAACUACUCUUUGAUUUUUCUGACCAUGACUGAGGACAGAUCCUGAGCUAUUGCUGCCUUAUCUCCCCACCUACCUCAGAGGUCGUUAUGGAAACACUAUGAGAAGUCACAUGCUACGUAAAGCAUCCCUGUGACCUGUUAACGGAGACACUCCAGUGUUAUUAUAAAUUGCCAUUUCCUAAUUACUUGCUACUUUUUCAGUGCUGUAUCUAACAGCAAUUUUGGUUGUUAGGUCUUUGAGUUGCGUGGGAACCAAAUUUCUGUGAGGCCCAGUGAAGAGAUAAAGUUACUUUGUUCUCAAAAAAA